AUUAUGGUAAAAAUUUAUAUUUCUUUUUUGUCUCUCUGGGAAAGACCAAAUUUUGUGCUUAAGUGGAAAGUGGGUGGAGAGCCCUCCUGUCUCCUCCCGAUUCCUGAGUCAAAGUUUUUAGGACAUGUGUUGAUGCAGAUACUACUGUGUUGAAUUCAACAAACACAACAGGAAGAGAGUAAAGUGGUCACGAAGCAGCUGCUUCUUCUUCUGAUCGCCUCCACAGGACACAAGAACUUCUGCUAACAUCUCAAAUUCUUCUCAUCCGCCGUCAGAGGCUUGCAGUCACUAAAAAGGUCAACCUUUCUAUCUGGUUCUGUAUCAAGUAGUGAUAUUGAGAACUGGGAAGAAUCCACCAUGGCUGAUGGCAGUCCCAGGACUGAUAUUUCUACAGAUGUGGAUACAGAUGAUAAGAAUCAAAGGUUUGAUGUAGUGCAAUACGCCAUUGGUCCUGCGGGUUCUGAUUCCAGUGACAAAUCAAAAGAUCCAAAAGAUCAGAAGACUCUUCGUAGGCUUGCUCAAAAUCGUGAGGCUGCAAGAAAAAGUCGACUGAGGAAGAAAGCUUAUGUUCAGCAGCUGGAGAGUAGUCGUUUGAAGCUCACUCAACUAGAGCAAGAGCUCCAGCGAGCCAGACAGCAGGGAAUCUUCAUAUCAAGUUCAGGAGAUGCUGCCCAUUCUAUGAGUGGAAAUGGGGCCAUGGCGUUCGAUGUAGAAUAUGGACGGUGGCAGGAAGAGCAAAAUCGGCAAAUUAAUGAACUGAGAUCAGCAGUAAAUUCUCAUGCAAGUGAUGCAGAGCUUCGUACUAUUGUAGAUGGAAUCUUGGCGCACUAUGAUGAGAUCUUUAGGCUGAAGGGCACAGCAGCUAAAGCUGAUGUAUUCCAUUUGUUGUCUGGCAUGUGGAAAACACCUGCUGAGAGGUGUUUCUUGUGGCUUGGUGGUUUUCGUUCAUCUGAGCUCCUGAAGCUUCUUGUUAAUCAGCUGGAGCCUCUAACAGAGCAGCAGUUGGUGGGGAUAACCAACUUGCAGCAAUCCUCCCAACAGGCAGAAGAUGCCUUAUCUCAAGGGAUGGAUGCAUUGCAACAAUCUCUUGCGGAGACUUUGUCCAGUGGAUCUCUUGGCUCCUCAGGUUCCUCUGGGAAUGUGGCAAACUACAUGGGUCAAAUGGCCAUGGCAAUGGGAAAGCUAGGGACCCUUGAAGGGUUUAUCCGCCAGGCUGACAAUUUGCGGCAACAAACACUGCAACAAAUGCAUCGUAUAUUGACCACCCGCCAGUCAGCUCGUGCCCUUUUGGCUAUAAACGAUUAUUUCUCGCGGCUACGGGCUCUUAGUUCGCUCUGGCUUGCCCGUCCAAGAGAGUGAAAUGCUUUUGCAGUUGCUCCCAAACUGAUUGGUAAAACUGUGGUCUGCAAAGCAUCUGAAUAGUAAUUGACUUUCUCUAGUACAGCACUGGUAUUACUUGGACAUGGUUACAGAAUUUUCUUCUAUAGAUUUUUUUAAAAACUUUUUCGGAUGCCGUAGCCGCAUAAAUUGUAUCGUUAGUGCUAAUCCUGUAAUUUUUUUACCUUCAUUGUAGUCAUUAUAAGACGCAGUAGUGCCAUUGGUAAUGAUCCACAUGUAUUUGGCUUAUUGUUAAUAAUAGUUAUGAUUGUUGAUGUAAUUCUGACUAAAUUUUGAAAUGAAUUUUGGAUAAUGAAAUGCAUGAUGGCUUUGACUUUUAUUAAUCAAA